AACAAAAUCAACUUCUCUUCAUCCCCAUCAACACUUCUACAUCACAGUUCAAUAACUAUGACGAUUUUCACUAAACCGAAGCUUUUGUUUCUCUUCUUCUUGAUCCUUUCUCUUUUCCUUGCUUCUCAAUGUGAUGAUGAAAACCCUCGUGGCCAAGACCCGAGGCGCGAGCUCGAGAGUUGCUUAAGGCAAUGCCAGGUUGAGAAAGAAAGACAAGAGAGCCCUGAGCAGCAACUCCAGUGUCAGAGAAGCUGUGUUUUACGUUACGAACGUCAACAAAGGGAGAAAUCUCAAGAAGUGAUUGAGGACAUACUGGCUCAUCACCGUGACCCUGAAAGGAUUUACAGAGAGUGCCAGGAACGUUGUCAGAGGCAAGAACAUGGACAGCAGAGACAGUGCCAACAACGUUGUGAUCAGGAGUAUCAGAGAGAACAAGAACAACAACAUCGUGGCCACCAGACUGGAGAAGAUAAUCAAGGACGAGAAGGUCGUGAACCGGAGAGGAGAUUCAGAGAAUGCCACCAGAGAUGUCAAACACAAGAACAUGGUCAACAACAGAAACAAUGCCAACAACGUUGUGAGCAAGAGUACAGAAGAGAGCAAGAACAACAACGCCGCGGCCAAGGGGAGAUCAUAGAAGAAAAUCAAGGACGAGGCCAACGCGAACCUGAGAGGAGAUUUAGAGAGUGCCAGCAGAGGUGCCAAAGACAAGAACAAGGCCAACAACAGAGACAGUGCCAACAACGUUGCGAGGAAGAGUUCAGGAGAGAGCAAGAACAACAACGACGUGGCCAGGAGACUGGAGAAGAAAGGGAGAACCCACAAAGAGAAAGAGAAGAAGAGAACAAUCCCUACUUGUUUGAGUCUCAGAGGUUUAGGUCUCGAUUCAGAGCCACGCAUGGUGAUUUUCGAGUCCUUCAGAAAUUCACCGAAAGAUCUGAACUACUCCGAGGAAUAGAAAACUACCGAGUUGCAGUAAUUGAAUUUGAGCCUCUGUCUUUCAUGCUUCCUCAUCAUUGUGAUGCUGAAGCCAUAUUUGUUGUGGUUAGAGGAAGAGGAACCAUAAGUAUAGCAGAACAGGAUGAGAAGAACUCCUUCAACUUGGAGCAUGGAGAUGUAAUCAGAGUGAAUGCUGGUUCAACAAUCUACAUGGUCAACAGGGAUAACAAUGAAAGGUUCUUUGUUUACGUGCUAGCCCAGGCUAUCAAUACCCCUGGCCAAUUCCAGGAAUACUUCAGUGGUGGAGGUCAGAAUCCAGAAUCCUUCUACAGAGCUUUCAGCAGCGAUAUCCUGGAGACUGCUUUCAAUACCCCAAGGGACAGGUUACAGAGGCUAUUUGGGCAACAAAAACAGGGGAUAGUAAUCAAAGCAUCUGAAGAGCAAAUUAGAGCAAUAAGCGAACACGCUUCGCGCUCCACUAAGCAACAAACUAAGGGUCAGACAACAGGUCCUUUUAAUCUGUUGAAAGAACGCCCAUUAAUCAGUAGCAAAUUUGGAAAGUUCUUUGAAGCAUCUCCAGAGAGAUUUGAACAGUUGAGGGAUUUGGAUGCUGCUGUUGCUUUCAUGAAUAUUAACCAAGGUGGAAUGGUACUACCAUACUACAAUACAAGGUCAACAAGGUUGGCAAUGGUUGUAGAAGGAACUGGGCGUUUUGAAAUGGCAUGUCCUCAUCUUGGUACCCAGAGCCAGAGGCAAGGGUCCCGUGGAGGAAGAAGAGAACAAGAAUCAGAAGAAGAGGAAGGUGGAGAUGUCCAUUACCAGAAAGUCCGUGGUACUCUCUCAGUUGGUGAUGUUUUGGUAGUCCCUGCUGGCCAUCCUAUUACCAUUAUAGCCACUGGAAGUUCAAAUCUCAGGAUAGUUGGUUUUGGUGUCAAUGCUCAUAACAACAGAAAGAACUUCCUUGCAGGACAACAAAACAUAUGGAGAAAUGUGGACAGAGAGGCCAAGGAGCUUUCAUUCAACAUGCCAGGAAAGGAGGUAGAAGAAAUAUUACAGAGGCAAGAUCAAUCUUACUUUGUGGCAGGACCAGAACAGCGCGGCCAGCGGCAGAGGGAGAGGGGUGAAGAAGAAGGAAAGGGACAACAGUAUCUGUCUUCAAUUUUGGACUUCGUUUUCUAAGUUGUAUAGCUUUGCACGGGAACUAGUAAUGAUGCAGAUGUGAGAACUGAGAGCUUUGUGAGUAAAUAAAUUAAGGCUCUUAGAGUAGUACUGAUAUAACUACUACAAAUAAAUGUGGUAAGCUAUGGUUGUAAGCGUGUUUGGCUUCUUUAUCAUGUGCUAUGUAAGUUAUAUGUGAAAUAUCAAUAAAACUCCUCUUUUAACCCCAAAGAA